AUGUCAUUUUCCAAGGGUGAUGCUAGUUAUCAAGAGUUUUCUUCUGAUAGUGUAACUCCUUUGAUAAGAAAUGGAAAUGAAGGCAAAAAAGUCACCUAUAAAGAUGCUGAUGUGGUGCUAAAGUUCUUAGAAGCUAACCAGGAUGAAACAAGGACUUUAAGUAUAGAAGAGAGUGAUCAAUUGGAUCAGAAAAAUUUCAAAAUUGUGAUAUUUCUUGUUAGUUUGGUUACAUUGGUAUUAUUCAUGGAUAAGGCAACUAUUGGAUAUACAGUGAUUUUAGGAUUAUAUAAAGACACUGGGAUUACAAAGAGUCAAUUCAAUAAUUUAAAUUCCAUUUUUUAUAUUGGUUACUUAAUUGCUCAAUGGCCAGGUCAUAUCUUACUUCAAAAAUUACCUAUUGGGAAAUAUCUAUCCUUCACUAUAUUAACAUGGGCCAUAAUUAUAUUCAUCACUUCAUUUGCACAAAAUUAUAAUCAGUUAGCCAUCUUAAGGUUUUUACUAGGUGCUUCUGAAUCAGUUGUAACACCAGCUUGUGAAAUAACAUUAGGGAUGUUUUUAGAUCCUAAACAACGAGAAUUUGCACAACCUAUAUUUUGGACUUCUACUGCAAUAGCUCCAUUUAUAUCAAGUUUUAUUGCAUUCGGAUUAUUGAAAACUGAAGAUUUAUUUGAUAUCUCACCAUGGAGGAUUUUCAUGAUUAUAAACUCAGUUCAAAGUGUCGUUUUAUCAAUUAUUGUAUGGUUUUGGUAUCCUGAUAAUCCUAUCAAUGCAAAAUUCUUAUCCACUAUAGAGAAAAUCCAUUUAAUCAAGAAAAUUCAAAAUCUAACCAAAUCAUCAACUGAACAGAAAACUAUCAAGACAUAUCAAAUCAAGGAAACUUUAAAAGAUCCAAUAUCUUGGUUAUUUUUCGGUCAAUCUUUUACAUUAAUGCUUUCGAAUUCUUUACAUUAUCAACAAAAUCAAUUAUUUGUUGAUAUUGGAGUUGAUUAUUUAGGCUCAUCAUUAGUAUCUGCAGCUGGAUCCAUUUGGAGUGUCUUGAUAUAUAUCAUAUUUGCCAUAGUCAUCAAGAAAUUCCCUAAUCAGAAUGGGAUCAUUGGUAUAAUUUGCCUAAUAUUACCAAUCACUGCAAGUAUUGCAAUGUGCAUCAUCCCAUGGGAAUAUAAAAAAGCAUUAUUAGCUAGUAUGAUUCUUGCAGGUUCAUCAAAAGGUGUUACUUAUAUUGUUGCAUUAGGUUGGAAUACAUCAAGUGCAAGUGGAUAUACAAAGAAACUUUAUAGAAAUGUAAUGUUUAUGAUUGCAUAUGCUGUGGCAAAUAUUUUAUCACCACAAUUAUGGGAUCCAAAAGAUAGUCCAAGAUAUAUAAAAUCAUGGGUAAUUCAAAUCAUAUUUGCAUUUGCAUUAAAUGGUGUUAUAUUAUGGAUCAUAAGAAUCAUCUUAAAGCAAAGAAAUGAAGAAAGAUUACAUCAAAUUGAUGAUCAAGAUUAUUUUAUAACAAAUGAUGAAGGUAUUGAAGAAAGAGUUGAUGUUGCAAUGUUGGAUUUGACUGAUUGGGAAAACAAAAAGUUUAUAUAUCCACUAUGA